AUGGAGCCCCGGCAGGCGGACGUGUCCAUCCCACUGCAGUCCCCCGGCUGGGGGUCGGCUCCCCCCGGCCCCCGGGCGGACCCGCCGCCCCGGGACUAUGUGCUCUGGUCGCUGUUCAACGUGCUGCUGUGGUGCGCAGUGGGCGGGCUGGGCUGCCUCGGCUUCCCCCCGCUCGUCUACUCCAUCAAGGCCCGUGACUGCAAGCUGCUGGGGGACCUGGAGGGUGCCCGGCGUCACGGCUCCCACGCCAGGGUGGCAAACAUCAUCUGUUCCGUGCUGGUAACCCUCAUCUUGGUGAUCUUCAUCAUCAUUGCCAUCAUCACCAUCAGCAUCGCAUACAGGAACCCCUGACUGCCGCCUGGCCCCUACCCGCGGGGGACUUCUCCCCCUCCUCCUGCCCCCCAAAUGUGCCCGCUCAGGGCGCGGGGGUUACGGGAGUGAACCCCCAUCUCCUCGCUGCUGCCCCCCGGGUGUCCCCGCACCCUUUUCUCUGCUCUUGCGCUUCCUGGCACCUGUGACACACCUGUCAGUCCCUGCUGCCACUAAUAAAGCUCGU